AUGAGUGUGCCAACAUCAUAUCAGCAACCUCUGAAGCGCGUGCGGGUUGUCCGAGCUUGCGAGCAAUGCCGCACCAGAAAGGUCAAGUGCAAUGGCGAGGACCCAUGUCUGGCAUGUUGGCAGCACAACCAAGCAUGCAGAUAUGGUGAAGCCCGACUGGGUAGGGGCCACCCUUCCAAGAAGCUCAAAACCGUUAAAUCCCCAACUGUGACAGACGGGGUCUCCACGCCAACGUUUAUCCUUAACAGCGACCUCUCUGGACGCGAGCGUCCAAAAGCGAAGAGCUCCAAGUUUCAGGCGUCUGCACGAUAUAAUCCAGAGGAAUACCGACAGCAGCUGGAGCUACGGGCUGGGAUUGGGGUUGCAAACAGUCAGACUGGAUCUUUUCAGUUCUACGGACCCUCAUCACAUUUCUGCUUUAUCCAACGCCUUUACCAGCGUAUGAAGCGCCAACCGCACGGUUGCCUACUGGAUAAGCCAAAGAGUGCGGUGCCCGCAGGCCUCGGGGAAUGGGGCUUGGAGCGAUUCAUGUUCGCGGCCGGAUCCGGGGCUCCACGCUCGUCCAGUGCCUCAACCGAGUCCUUCCUUCCCAAGGACUUGGGCGACCGGUGUAUUGCGGCAUACUUUGCCAUUAUACAUCCUCAUAUGCCUGUUCUCGAUCGUCUCGUUAUCACUCGACUGUGGGAGCGACUGUGGGAGGCCCCGUCUCCUGGGCAGGAGGUCAUCUCGAGGAAUUUGGUGUAUAUGGUCCUGGCUCUCGGAGCUCGAACCAUGGCGCGAGAAGGAAGCCACAGUGCAGAGCUACUUGACAGGUGGGCAGAUCACUUCUGGAGCCAGUCGAAUGACUACGGCAUGCUAUUCCAAGAGCCGUGCUUAAAAGGCAUCCACUUCCUCCUUCUCAAGGCAAUGUACGCGCUGCAUGGGAUGAGGCCCAACGACGCCUACCUCUACCUGGGCCAUGCGGCUCGAAGCGUACUGGCCCUGGGUCUCAACCGCGGUCAGGUCGCCAACGGAACUGGGCCAGUCAUGCAGAAGCUCCGAAUCACUUUCUGGGUGGUAUACUCCUAUGAGCGUAUCUGUGCCUUUUUCACCGGUCGCCCCUCCGGGUUUCUUGACUCACACAUAGACGUCUCGUUUCCCGAGGACCUUCCUGACUGCAAUCGCCAAACACCGUGCGGCGAGCCCAUGAAAAGCUCGGACGGUCCCCUGACGGAAUGCGCAUACCUGAGGGCAAUGGCACAAAUUGGGCAACUGAUAGAAAAGGUCUCCAGCGGUAUAUUCUCUUCAUCUAACUUGCACACAAUAUACGACCAUCGCAAGCUAAACACCACGAUUUUGGAGUGUGAUGCCGCGCUGCAGCAGAUUGAGCGCUCCUUACCCUCUUAUCUACAAUUUGCCAGUCUAAACCGUCCCAAGAGCGAGGUGUGGCGGGAGAUCCAGUGUACACAUCUUGGGCUCGCGUUCCACUUAAUCAAAAUGAUGACUCGUAGGCCCGCCAUGAAUUGCGCAUCUGGAUUACCAGAAGUCGAAAGUCUUCAGGCCUCAAUCAAUCUUUCAAUUCUGUCUGCCAAGGAGAUUAUCAAUAUUGCCAGCAGCGCCAUCAUGGAGAGGGCCACAUGCAUCCGAAACGAUGCAUCGGUGGCUAACUAUAUUGUGUCAGCAUGCGUGACCCUGCUUUAUGAUGUUCUAAAUACAUCCGUCACUGUCGAACAUGCCUUGGAUAUCUUCACGUCAGUGGAACGCGGAAUUCAGUGCCUUGAUAAAAUGGAGCAUCACGGGCCAAUUACCGGAAAGGCAUUAAGCCUGGAUAUCAUGAAAUGUGCUAAGGAUGCUCUAUUCCUGUCCACGUGCGAGGUUGAUCUGGAAGAGAACUUAGCAGGCAGUUUUCCCUGGCUCAAGUAA